AGUCCUGGGCGCCGUCCCGGUGGAGUAGGUGCACCCGCCUACUUCUCCCCCGCCCCCCUCCCCCGGGGUCCGACCGUGCGCCGCCCCCUGCCGCCUGCCGGGUCCGACUGCUGCCCUGCUGCAGUGGAGAGCGGGCAGCCGUGGCGACAGGUGCGCGGAGAGACUGAUCCCGCCCGAGGCAGCCGACGCUGACCCACCGCGAGAGAAAGAGAUAGUUGACCGGCUGGUCUAUUUGAGAAGUUGUGAAUCUCUUGCCCUCUGGUGCACUGGUCACAAGCUCAAUAACUACAGGAGAUUUUCUCUCCUACAAGCCUAACCAUGAAUUACAUUGGAAAGUUCCUUUCCAACUUCAAGGAAUUCUACAAUGAAAUCAACACAGCAACCCUAACAGGGGCCAUUGAUGUGGUGGUUGCACAGCAGGAAGAUGGCUCCUUCAUUUCAUCUCCAUUCCAUGUCCGAUUUGGCAAGAUUGGUGUACUCAAGAGCAAGGAGAAAAUUGUGGACAUUGAGAUCAACGGCCGGCCGGUGGACAUCCACAUGAAGCUGGGCGAGUCGGGCGAGGCGUUUUUCGUGGCGCCGGUGGCCGAGGGCGAGGAGCUGGGCUCUGCCGAGCUGGCCACCUCGCCACUGCCGCGGCCGCUGCCGGCGCGCGCCCUGUUCGCCGCCGACGAGAGCUCUCCGCGCCCGGUGGAUGGCCGGCAGCUGGACAGCAGCGAGCCGUUCAGCCUGCAGGGCGCCGCCGCAGAGCUGGCCGCCGGCGCCGCCGUGGUCGGUACGCCGGUCAACACCCACCUGAGCGUGGCGCAGCUGGACUGCGAGCUGCCGGCGCCGCCGGCCGACCCCCACCAGCCGCCCACGCCCGGCGCACGCGCCCACAUGACCGUCACCGACCUCAGCUGCGACGUGGUGCCGGCGCCCGGCAGCGCCGCCGCCGACGCGCACGCGCACAUGACUGUGACGGACGUGACGACGGUGCCUGACACGCCGGGCGCGGCGGCGCAGUCGACCGUCACCACGGACAUGAGUUGCCAGGUGCAGCCGCGGCCCGGAGACUCGCCCGUCACCUUCAAGGCGCGCAAGGUGGAGAAGCUGGUCAAGCUGGACGGCUCCACCAUGUUCGUGCCCAUCAAGAACACGGAGAAGGUGUGUGCCAGCACCCAGACGGAGCGGCUGCCCUGCGCCAGCGGCCCGACCGCGCCGCUCGAGUCGCGGGCCAGCGCCGACGACCGGGAGCCCGUCAAAAAGCGCAAGUCGAAGAAGCGCAAGACGGCCAAGCACCGCCGCUCGCUGUCGGAGACGAAGGUGGAGUCUGCGCAGGACGACGAGAUCUUCCAGAUGGAGGACGUGAAGCAGGAGGUGCGGGCGUCACGCGCCUCGCUCGACGACUGGACGUCGCGGCUCACCUGUCCGCAGGACUGUCACCCGUUCAGCGACACCGACAUCAGCCCCCGCGGCAGCCCCCACUCGUCGCGGGCGGCCACGCCGAUCAAGUCGGACACGGAGUUCGAGAUCGAGCGCGAGCGUCUGGUCAGUGACGAGGGCAGUCAAACGGACACCACUGUCUGGCAGUGGGGCGAGCUGCCGUCACCGUCACGCUCCUCUGCGCCGCCGCCGCCCGGGGAGCCGGCAGAGGCGGCCGGCGGCGGUGCGGCGUCCGCCCGCGCCACCGAGGCCGGCACCGCGUCCACAGUCGCCGCCACCACCAGCACCGCCAGCGAGGAGCGCUCCAUGCUCUCCGGCAUGUUCAGCUUCAUGCGGAAGACGAAGAAGGCGCGCCACGACCCGGUGGCCGAGGGUAUCUACCUGGACGACCUGAACCUGGAGUCGCUGGACCCGGAGGUGGCGGCGCUCUACUUCCCGCGCUCCCAGGCGCUGGCCGGUGGCGACAAAGAGGCGGCGGCAGACAGCGGCGCCGACCACUGCCUGGACGAGGACGAGGGUAACGGCUCCUCGAUCCCACACUCCCCCUCGCCGUCCAGCCCGCACAGCUGCGACCACCGGCCGCUCGACCUGGAGCUCGGCGACGUCGCCAUGUCGCUCUGCGGCGGCCUCGAGGGCAACUUCGACGGCAGCGUGCCCGAGAGCCUGUUCCUGCAGUGUCUGGUGACGUACGAUGAGCUGUGUGACGAGCCGCGGCUGCUCGAGCGACCCGAGCUGGUGGUCCGCAUCAACGGCCGCUACUACAACUGGGCGACGGCGGCGCCGCUGCUCUGCUCCACGGUGAUGUUCCGCCGGCCGCUGCCGCCGCGCACCCUCGAGCGGCUCGCCGAGCAGACCAUGCCCAAGAAGAAGCCGGCCAAGAAGGGCUCGGGUCGCAGCUACUCGUGGUGGUCGUGGCGCCGCUCGGGCGAGCCGCCGCCGGCCGACAGCCAGCCGGACACGGCGCAGGAGGUGGUCCAGGUGGAGACGGCCGCCGUCACAGGCGCGGCGCCCCCGCAGGUCACCGGCGCGGCGGCCCCGCCGGUCACUGGCGAUCACCCGGUCAUCACCGAGGUCACCGAGUCUGCCGACACGGAGUCGGUGACCGAGGGACAGGUCACUGAGCCGGUGACGCCGACGGAGGGGCGGGUCACUGAGCCAAUGCCUGAACUGGUGAGCCGGCAGGCCACUGAGACUGAGGGACAGGUCGCUGAGCCCUCGGGGCAGGUCGCUGAGCCCUCGGGGCAGGUCGCUGAGCCCUCGGGGCAGGUCGCUGAGCCCUCAGAGGACGGUGCUCCGCCGCUGGUGGAGCCGCUCUCCGGCGAGCCGCUGGUGGAGGCUGCUGAGGAGGCACUCGGUGGAGAGGUGGCACCCGGCCCGCUGCGCGAGGACGAGAGCCGCGCGGGUCUGGAACCGGCCGACCUGACUGCGCUGACGGCAGAGUGUGAGACACAGACAGGCACUCCGCCCGGCACUCCGGGACGCCUCUGGCAGUCGAGACCGAGCUCGGACACGGGGGAGCGCCAGCGCCACUCAGAGUCGGACGACACGGCGGAGGAGGAGUUCGGUCCCGGACCCGACUCCGGGCCCGGCUCCGGCGCCGACGGCGAGCGCCUCUUCAAGAAGACGCUGCGACUCUCCUCCGAGAUGAUCGCGAAGCUGGGCCUGCACGAGGGUCAGAACGAGGCUCUGUUCAGCGUGACUACCGCGUACCAGGGCACCUCGCGCUGCAAGUGUAACAUCUUCCUGUGGCGGUACGACGACAAAAUCGUCGUCUCCGACAUCGACGGCACCAUCACAAAGUCUGACGUGCUGGGCCACAUCCUGCCCAUCGUCGGCCAAAACUGGGCGCAGAGCGGCGUGGCGGCGCUCUACUCCAAGAUCCGUGACAACGGCUACAAGUUCCUCUACCUCUCGGCACGGGCCAUCGGUCAGGCGCCCAUCACCCGGGAGUACCUGAAGUCGGUGCGGCAGGGUGACUUGAGUCUGCCCGACGGACCGCUGCUGCUCAGCCCUUCGUCUCUAGUCAGCGCUCUGCACAGGGAAGUGAUCGAGCGCCGCCCGGAGGACUUCAAGAUCCCGUGUCUGCGUGACAUCCAGGCGUUGUUCCCGGGCCGGAACCCGCUGUACGCCGGCUACGGGAACCGGGUGAACGACGCGUUCGCGUACCGAGCCGUGGGCAUCCCGUCUUCGCGGAUCUUCACCAUCAACCACCGGGGCGAGCUGCGUCACGAGCUGACACAGACCUUCCAGUCCUCCUUCCUGAGCCAGGCGCGCGAGGUGGACUGGCUGUUCCCGCCGCUCGGUCGGAAGGAGUCGCCGGCGGUGGCUGUUCCGGUGCCGGUACCGCAGCCGGGCCGCCGCUGUAGCACAGAUAGUCUCGGCCUGCGACCCGCCUCCGACUCCAUCGAUAUUCCCCGGCGACACGCAGUGCCCGCUAUACAAAUCUGACUCACAUUGUGGACCACUUUUUCCCGCCUUGUGGUGAUCGCGACGACGUGGCUAACCUAGACUACAACUCGUUCGUGUACUGGCGGGACCCGAUCCCUGAGCUCAGCGAGCUGCCUCAGCUGUGACCUGGCUAAGGGCCGUGCCGGACUCGUGUCGUGUUCAGCGCUGUGUGUGCGCGUUGCGCCGCCGCUCACAGGGGUGUGAUAGUGGGCGCCUGUGGAGCCGCCCUGGCGCCGCGAGUCAUGUCUGAAGUCGGGACCACUGCCGUCGGCCGCGCCGCCGCUGCGCGCGUCAGUCACUCCGUUACCGAUGUGCCGUGUUUGGGCAGACAGGCCGAGUCUGCCGCUCGUCAGUCACUGUGGUGUUCUAGCUGUUACCGCGUGUGUAUUUCCACUGUGAACGCGCCGUGAGAGACGGCACGCUUCAAACGCCUUCCCGGUCGCGUCAUGCCGACUAUGAUCGGCAGAGGGUCGGCGUGUGGGAUUCGGGGAGAAAUUAUUUUUCAUGCGGACGGUAGAUGUGUAGACUGUAGUGUCGAUGUGGGCUUCCGCUGCUGCCCGGUAUGCUGUUACUUGUGACGGUCCUUGGUUGGAGCUGUGGCCGUUCUCGGUUGGAGACGCUGCUCGGUUAGAGUUGUAGCCGGUCCUCGGUUGGAUUAUGUUGGUUCGGCGCGCUGUUGUAGGUGCCCGUCUCCGCCCGGAACGGGCGCCGUCUGGCUGUGUGAGAGCUGUUUGAGCGCAGGGUACGUCUGGAGCGGGUCCAUUGUGUUCGUCGGCCGCCGUGGCACGCCAAACCAGAGCUGGUUACUCGCAGGAAGCGCGCCCGCUCGUUUUGUUGUAUGUCCGCCGCGGGAAAUCGGUUUGGUUCCUGUAGUCGGCCGUUUACCAAUGUGUUAUCAUGUCUAGUCGGGUGGGUCGGGCCGGGGCUCCAUUGCUCUCGGGCAUAGUACAAUCGCGGCGCUCGGGGCCGUGGAGAAGUGAGAGACGGCAAUGCCACUCAAACCUGCUGUUGGCUGCGACUCGCGGCUUAUUCCUGGCUUUGUUAAUGUUUUAUGACUCCAUGAAAUAAAGAAGGCUGCCAGUU